AUGACAAACACUAAUGGCGCGUCCAUCACUGAGGCGGCAAUCGCCGGUGCCGUAUCUGGAGGAAUAACGCGGCUAGUCGCUGCUCCAUUGGAUCUCCUCAAAAUUCGAUUUCAAGUGCAGCCUGCGCCCAUUGGUAAUGGUCACGUCGAAGCGAGGUAUCUUAGUGUUGCUCAGUCUGUGCGAAGCAUUUAUGGCGAAGAAGGACUUCGAAGUUUUUGGCGUGGAAACUUGGCGGCCACAGUGCUCUGGGUGAGCUACUCGGCGUUGCAAUUUGCCACUUAUCGCGGAUUGAAUCGCUGGUGGGAACAGAGUGAAGUUAAAGACACGAUAAAUGUCCCUAAGGUCGCAGUUUCUGCCACGAGUGGUGCAGUGGCAGGUGUUACUGCAACUGUACUUACAUAUCCUUUGGAUUUUUUCAGGACAGCGUUUGCUGGUCAGGGGGUGCCGAAAACAUUUCCAACAAUGUACAGUCUAAUGGUGCAUAUAUGGACGACACAAGGUUUUCGUGGAUUUUACAGUGGACUUGGUGCAACUGUUGUUCAGAUUGCGCCGUACAUUGGACUGACCUUUAGCAUUUAUUCAUGCCUGAACGAGAUGCAAGAAUCACAUCAAAAAGAAGAUGAAACUGGCGCAUGGAAGCCGGUGGCAACAACGCUUUCGUAUAUCGGAAGUGGUGCUGUAGCAGGGAUUGUAUCGAAGCUCGCGGUUUAUCCACUAGAUACAAUUAAAAAGCGCAUGCAGAUGCGCAAUGUGCCGCGUUGUGCAAAAUACGGGGUGAUUCCGAUGUACACUUCGAGUUUUUCAUGCUUCUAUGAUGUGCUGCGACGCGAAGGUAUGCUAGGACUUUACAAGGGAACAGUACCCGGCCUACUCAAGUCCGCUGUUGCAGCCAGCACGACUUUUGUAACAUAUGAACUUACUCUCAAAGCUAUGCAGCACAUGCCGAAUAAAAAUCAACAGAUUUAA